AUGCAGGAAGAGGGGUUGGAUAUUGAGAUGGAGGAAGAUGGCUACGAUGAAGAUUCUUUUAACCAAGCACCAGGUAAUUUUAGCAUGUCACCAGAGGCAGGUUUGUUAAGUGCAGAGGAUGUGCUGAAGUUGGAGUUUAGUUGUCUAGAAGAGGCAACAAUUUUUUAUGAAGAGUAUAGCCGAGCAAAGGGUUUUACGAUACGACAAGAGAAGAAAUUGAAGAAUAAGAAAGGGGAGUUUGUUAGCUUGAGGCAAGUUGGGAUCUCGAUUCUAAAUAUAUACAAGUCAUUUACCGCACAGGCUGGUGGGUUCAAUCUUGUUCCUUUUACCAAAAGAGACCUUCACAAUGAGGCUAAGCGGCAGAGGCUAUUGCAAAAUGGUGAUGUUAAUGCAGCGUUAAGGAUGUUGGAGCGGCCGGGGGGAUGCCGCCAGGAUGACUACAACAUUUUUGGGGAUGUUUUGGCCUUUGAUGCCACUUAUGGCAGGAACAAGGCAAAUCUCCCAGGGGUGAUAAUAGACGAUGAUCGAUCGACAAGGUUAGCUAUUCAGGAGGUCUUCUCAGGUGCCUAUCACUGGCUAUGUGCUUGGCAUCUAUUGAAGAAUACGACAUCGAACGUGUGUCAGACACGGUUCAUGACCUUGUUUAGGCAUUGUAUGCUGGCUGUCUUGGAGGUAGAGGAGUUUGAGAAACACUGGGAGGCAAUGAUGGAGGAGUGCGGUGUAAGGGAAGUGGCGUGGGUAAAUGAUAUUUACAAGAAGAAGUCCUCGUGGGCCACGACAUACAUAAGUGGGAGGUUCUUUACUGGUAUUAGAAUAUCCUCUCGUUGUGAGUCGAUCCAUGCAAAGCUAGGCAGGUUUGUGGAAAGAAGAUACGACAUCUUUGAGUUUGUAAUGAAUUUUCAGUGUUGUGUUGAUUUCCUAAGAGACAAUGAGGAGGAGCUAAAUUUUCGGUCAUCGUAUGGGACCCCAGUCCUUCAGAUGCAAUUCCCAGAGCUUGAGAAGUUUGGUACGAUGAAUUUUACCAAGGAAAUUUUUUCAAGAUAUCGUGAGUCUUUUAAGAGGUGCGUUAGGGUGACCAUAUUGGAAUGCAUAGAGCGUGAGGAGGGUUGCAUAUAUGUGACACAGAAGUAUCAUAGACCGCAGAUGCGGUGA